AUGCCCAAAUUCCCGUUGGAACCCCCCAAAUCCCGUCUGAAUAGGGACAUUUCCCCCCCCACCAGGCUGGGUCCCCUUUUUACCGUUCACGAGGAAGCCCCAAUGGCUUGUUGUAACCCCCGGUUAACGGACCCAAAAUCUUCCCCGUUUGGGCGGUGUUCCGUCCCCCCCCCCGGCCCCCCCGGUUGUUUUUCACCUCCCCUUUAUUCUCCACCGGCCGCAAAGAACCCACGUCGGCGGGUUUGGCAGGCCCAUGGAGCCAACCCCGGUCCCCAGGAGGCUUGUCCCAAAGUGGUCCCGGGACCAGUGGGGAGAAAAGGUAGGAGGCGGCCUGUCCCCCUGUGUUGGGACUGA